AUGGUCCCUGAUUCCCAUCUUGAGGGAAACUCUCAGAUACGGGGUGGAAUUCCUCGGCUUCUUAAGCCAGUAACAGAUGUUACUACAAGCAAUGGUCUCUGGAGAGAUCGUCUGCUCGAUGAAUUCAUUCAAGGGCCCAGUGCUGCCCAGGUUCCCUCAUUCAAAUCACCUAUCCGCAAUGCGCUGAGAAGUGUCUAUCUGGCGAACCCAAUUUGGAAAGGAGCUUUCCCAUGGCCUGCCCACAGAAGGACGAAUCCGGUGUCUUCUGGUGAAUCGAUAGACUACAAAGCGGAAGACAUCAAAGCAUUCCUUAGCCCAUAUCGAGCCGAUUCAGUGUUUCAUACUGGCGGGUAUAAUUACUUGGCCUCUGAGCAACUGGCUCAGACCUAUUCCAGUGGAUCAACAGACUACACGGUGAAAGUAUUGGUUGGGCCAGACAGAUAUCGAAUCAAAUAUCGAAUAGAUGCCUUACCUGACACUGGCGCGAAACGUAACUUCGUUUCCCAGCAACUUGUCGACUCACUUGGACUAGUGCCCAAGGACCUUGCUAACGAGAAAUUCCGGCUACCCUCUGGGGCAACAAUUAAGUCUUGUGGUACGGUAAAUAUCCCAUUCACUUUCUGGGGAGAAACAAAGUAUCACUUGCUUGACUGUUGUAUUCUCCCUAAAUGCACUCAAGACCUCAUCCUGUGCCAAUAUUUCCUGAAAACCACAGGUACUCUGACAAAAUACACCCAUCGAAUUACAAAAUCAUUGAGAGACCUUGGCACUCGACUUAGGUUCAAUCUUAUCGAGGACGAUACGUGUUGCUUUCAGGGAAGCUUUGAUGACAUUCCUUCCUCUGCUCUGGCCGACACGGGCUGUGACGUGAUGCUGAUAUCAACAAACUUUGCUAUUCGAAACUCCCUAGAAAUUGAUGGGAAUUCGGAGCACAGGCGUACCAUAGAGUAUGCUGAUGGGUCUCUAGAUACCACUUCUGGUAUUGUUCACGGCGCUACUUGGCAGUUCCGCAGCUCAUGGGAUAAGAUUACCUGUGAAUUCUACGUGCUUGACAAUCUCAAAGCAGAUAUUAUAUUAAGCAGUCAUUUCAUUUUUGAGCAUAAUGUAUUUUCGAAAUUUGAAGAAGAUAUAGUCGAUACCAGUCUCGUGCCUGGACCAGACUUUGGAGACAUUUACAAUAUUCGACUCAUCAGCCACUACAGCUCCGCGCUGCAGAACCUCGAGGCCUCUGCCAUUGCCGACAUGAAUUCACUGGGUUCUUUCAGCCCGGAGACAAUAAAAAACGAGCGUGUUCGACGCGAUCAGAUUCGGGAUGCGAUCAAUGCUCUUCCCUUGGACCAACAGGACCAGGCUCGCAUUGACGAGAGAAACCGGCAAGAAAUAUGGGACGGCUACCGCAGAAGACAUUUUGAAACGGAAGGGGGACCCAUCUUUGUCAUUCAGCAGGUUGUGGUUGAUCGAAAACAACGCUGGUGGAGGAAUCGCCUAUUUUGGAGCCGGUUGAAAAGGAGAGUGACCAAGUCAAUGUUGUGGUUAUGA